GCGCCGAUCUCCAAUGGAAAAGAACGCAACGCACCUUUCCUUUUGUGGAAGGACGGUUGUUUGGACGGUGCAUGCAUGUGUGUGACUGGCUAAUAUUAGGUAGGCUAGCUAUCGUAUCGUUCGUCUUGGCAGUGAGAAAGAAAGCAGCAAGACGUUGUUGUGGUUGUAUUGUCCAAGUUGUGUUGAUUGCUUGUGUGAUCAACGGUUGAUGGAAGGUUCUGUGUUUCUUGAAAAACUUGAGUGAGGGUCGUAAGCAUUCUUCAACGGAUCUAUCUAUCUAUCGUCUAGCUAGAGACGAGUGACAGUCAAGACAAGACAAGCAGUAUCAUUGAGUGGAAAGAGGCAAGGCAACGAUACCAGUACGACCAUGACGACUUCUAGUAGUAGUACAGUGGGAGUUCCGCUUCAACAGAUCGACGGUACCGCAGUGGCAGUUGUUUCUCCAGCGGCGAGCAGCGGAAGUUCCAAGAUCUUUUAUCAGAUGGGCGCCAGGAACAAGUCUUCCUUUCGACACGGCAAGCACAAACAGCGCCAUGGCAAGAGACGGUCCAGCAGCAGUACGACUAGUAGUAACAGUAAGGCGUCUCCGUCCGCCACCAAGCCACUCUUGUCGUCUCCUCCGCCGAAUCAGUAUUCCUACAUGACGUCCACCAUUACGCCUUCGCCUCCUCCACACGAACCCAUGAUUCUUCGACCGAGUCCUCCCAUAAGUCCUCCGACACUCCUCGAACCCAACGAUACGACUACGAAUGCUGCGGCCACGAGCAGCGGUGGUACCAUGGUCUACACGAUGAGUCAAUCACAGCAGCAGCAACAACAACAACAACAACACAAUUGCUCGCAUUCCACAACGUCCAAUGGCACGCACGCCACGCCGACCACUCAAGCGUCGACUACGACAUCUCCCAAUAGUUGCGCCAAUGGCGAAUCCACUAGCAACAGUAAUGAAGGAACGGCCAUUGCACUCGACUAUUCCAGUCAUGCGUGUGUCUGUCUUCAAGAAGAAGAUCUCGAAGGAGCUCUUACGUGGUACCAACGGGCUCUCAUUGUCUAUCAGACGGAAGCGGCCGAAGCCAAGGAUCCGCCACUUGGAAUUGUCGAUACGUGCAAUGCCGCCGCUACUCUACACAAUAUGGGAGCCGUAUACAAUGCGUUGCAACAAGGAGACGCUGCGCUCCAGUGCUAUCACGAUGCCGAGCAAUUGUACAGAGAAUGUAGACAACGACUCGCACCGCCGUCGCCACUUCCACUGGCUGCACUAGAAGAACAAGAGACGGUCUGUCUGACCGCACUCAUUGCCGAAACACUCCAUCAUCGGGCUAGUAUCUACGAAACCAGUGUAUGGGAUUCUGUCGCCGCACUCGAGUGUCACGAAGCUUGUGUGGAGUUACUCGCACAAGAACCCGCCAUUCUAUUACACGACAAUCAUGGAACACUCUCGGUCACGUGUGUCGACGAUGUCUUUUUUCAACAGGAAUGUCUCCAACAAGUACAACUUCAGUGGCUCGUAGCGUCUUACCAGAGUUUGGCUAAACUAUAUCGACAAUCCGAUACACCCCAAGAUGGACUCGUUGCAUUGCAAUCAUGGAAGACACUUCUGGAACAACACCUAAGUCAGCCCAAUCUCACGCAAGAUAUCGAGAAUGAAUGGAGAAAAUCACUCGUCGAAUGCUGGAAACAGUUCUCGGAAUUCUACUUUUGUCAACAAGAAAUGACAAAGGGAGUCGAUGCACUGCACACGGCCAUGGAUCUGCAAUUGCAAACCAGCGGAACCAAAGAUACUGCCAAGGUACUCUCACACGAUCUACUCAAUACCAUGAACUCCAUGGGACGCGUCAAGGAAGAACGAGGACACUACCAAGAAGCACUCAUUUGCUAUGAAAAGAUUCUACUCAUUGUAUCACGAUAUCUAGGAGAAGAUCAUUGGGAAGUCGCCGAAGCACUCGUCAAGAUUGGACGCGUCAUGGAAUGUCAGGGCAAUGUUGCCGGUGGACUCGACCUGUAUCAUGCCGCCCAUACCAUUUACCAAGCUAGUGUCAAGGAUGAUGAUGAAUACGAUGAUUCUUAUGAAUCCACACGGGCUGCUACGGAAUCCGUCGUACGAAUUGCCAAUGUCUUGAUGGGACAGAAACGAUGGAGAGAAGCUGUCGACUUUUUGCGUGAAUUGCCACAAACCAAAAUGCUAUGGUGGCUCGACAGUGACAAUAGCGAUGACGAGAACAACAACAACAACAACAAGGGCAACAACAGUAUUGACCACAAGGCCAUUCCCAGUGUUCAUCAAGCCAUUGUCUUUCGAGAAUUGGGUAGAGCGUACAUGGGCAUGGGGGAAUUGGCUAAAGCCAAACAGUGUCUGUUAGAGUCGGCACGAAGAUUGGAAGGUACCGACCACGAAGAAGAUGUCUUUGAACUAUUGAUGCAUGUCGAGUUUUGCCAAAAACAAGAACGCAUGGCGGCGCUCGCCACGGCCAAGAAUCGAUUGCGAUCAAGAUCUAGAAGUCGCAGUCGAGCACGAAGUAGCAGCAAUAGUCGGACGGCCAGUAGCGGAAGUGAUUUGGAAGAACGGGGACGCAUCACCAAGGAUGCCGUCGCUGCAGUACUCUCGCCCAGUAUGAGUAAUGCAAAUACUUCCGAGGAGUCGCCCAAGAGUGCCGAUCCACCAACACCGCCAGUGGCAGUUCGUGUUCACUCGGAAAGCCCGAAGAAUGAGUUUGUACAGUCGCCAUCACCCAAAGUGUCUCCGGGAGCGUCACCAGCAAAGAGCGAUUCCAUUGGAAGAUCCCCCACACCCGUCUUGUCGCCCAUGCAGCAAGACUUUGACUUUGUGGCCGAUAGUAACGAUCUACCGCUAGUGCCCUUUGACCGUGCCAAUCACAAUGCCAUUGUCACGCAAAAGAGCCAAAGCACAGAGAGUUCGACUCCUCCACCCCCACCAGUCGAACAACCGCCAGUGAACGAUGAUCAUGAGGACGACGACGAAGAUGAAAAGUCUUUGGGAAGUCUCGACACUCAGAGUGCCGUAGAUGAAAUUCCAAUCACCAAUAGUCCAAGACCAACCACGUCACGAGCACUCACACCCAUGCCUACCAGCAACGCUGUUGUACCAGUCGAAGGGGAAUAUGAUGAUUCGGUACCGUUCGAUGUCGAUCCAUUUGGUGGCAAGGAUUCCUUCCAGGUGCAACGGGCAAAGGAUAUCAUCUUGAAGCGGGUGAAGCUAGACAACGAAAUGCUCUUGGGAUCGCCUAGUGCGGAAAGCGGAGCACUGAUUGACGAUGGGCAGUCGGAUGUGGUGUCGUCGGUAUUGGUUGGUCUGGAUAUUGACAUUGACCAUCCGCCGCCAUCCACACCAACGAGCAAGGAUGAAGCAUCAGUGAGAAGUGUCAAAAAGUCAAUCACAGAUCUUGUCCUUGCCAAGACUGCAUCCAGUGAAAAGCCAUUUGAUGAAGCCACGCAAGCGUCCAGCAAGGAGAAACCGUUUGAUGAGCAUUCAGGGCCGCAUCUACAACAACAAAGAAAGCUCAACGCUGCGGCCAUUGGACAGCUGUCGAGGAAUCCAAUGUCAUUCAAAGAGCGCAUGGCAACACCCACACCCGAUGACGAAUCGACGAAUGGUCAAACCAACACACCGUUGGUGGCCGCAAGUCUGUCCGAUUUGACCUCGACGUACGGUGGUCAGUCAUCCGCGUCGUCGGUCAAUGAACAACACAAGACAUCUGGGUAUCUUCCACCACUACUGCAGAGUCCGAAUGACGAAGACGAAAAUCCCUUCAACAUUCCUCCUCCGCCGCCACCACCUCCCGUGCCGUCAAAGCCACCAGCACAGAUUGAAACCUUGUCCAAGUCACCAAAGCAACCAGCAAGUCCGACGUCACAAACAUCGAAGCAUGGACUCAGCGAUGGAAUCAUUCAGAUAUCUGUCGCGCAUGAAAAUGGAGAGAAAUCCAAAGUUUCUUCCUUUGAUGCAUUCUUCCCGGAACCAGACACUUCGAACCAGGCGAACAACAACAGUUUCUCUCCGAGUUCAAAAAGCCAGCGAUCACCUGUUCUAUUUGAUCCCACACCCAAGGAGAGAGAUUUCCAGCGACACGAAGAUGACGACGACGCCAGCUCGGACCCUUUCGAAGGCUACGAAGAUUUUGAUGCUGAUGAUUCGGAAAGCGAUGUCACUCCUUCUUACAGUGGCGACUCGGAGUCUGAGCAAGGUUACACUCGCUUUGCUAGGGAAGAUUUCUCUUCUGGUGACGAAGAUUCUGCUCCUUCCGACGACGAUGGAGAGGACCCAAUUGAGAAUGAUGCCGACCGUGACCGCGGACGAGAUCCAGCUGGGUUAUACCGUCCGUCGGAUCCAAAGAAACACAAGCACAAGAUCAUUAUCUAUGAUGAUUCUCGCCAACCCAGCCAGUUGCAUGAUUUGAUAACAGACCCCUUCUCGUCGGGCGAGCGGGAGUCUCCAGUUCCUUCCGUCUCCCAAAACAAUGUCCACAAUACAUUUUCGUCUGAUCCAUUAGAUGGUCCCAAGAGAGACUCUAGUCCCACCUUUGAAGUUCACGAUAACGAUGAUGCCACUCCCAAAGAAUCGCAAUCACACUCUACGCCAUCGCCGCGGAACAAAAAGUCUAAGAGUCACGGGUCAGAGAUGUCCAAGAGCUCUCCAGGGAAUCGCAUUGUCCGAGCACUGUCUAAUUCCAUUCGGCUACGUCGAAAGACGAAGGCGGGACGAUCGUCGAAGCACCACGAUCAAUUUGAAGCCUUGCAAACUGACGCCGAAGCUGAAGCCACAGUGUCGGAAGGCAUGGAUGAUUCUCCGAUGAAGGACAGCUUACCAUCGUCACUGACAAAGCCCAAUCAGUCAGCACGCGAGGAUGAAGCCGAGAAGACGGAUGCUGCUGUUGAAGAGUUGGAAGGGGAUGAUACUCUUGGGAGACCGAUUCAAUUUGUUUCACUGGCGUCGCAGUCUCACGAUGAUACUCUUUCGCAGAUUACCUUCAUCAUGGACGACCCGAAUGUCAAGAAUCGCAACAAAAACAACCAAUGGUGGGGCCAACUGGGGCAACUCGAUGGCUGGCUGCCCAACUUUCACCAAGCUGUCGAAGCUGCGGAAGGAUUCUUGUCGGCCAAGGCAAUUCAUGCUCAGAUGAAGUCGCAACCACUGGAUUUCGAUUCCGAAGAUGAAGACGAGGAGGACACCAAUGAUGACCUGAUUAUUCGCGAGUCUUCAACUCUUCCUUUGGCGGCAUCAACGCUCAAAACCGAAGUUGUGGCUGCGGCUGCCUGCUCUCCAAUUCCCAACUCGUUCUUCCAGUCAUCGGCUUUAUCAAGCAAGCGAAGGGCCAGUACGGCUACCACGAGCGUCAACAGUACCUCUAGCAAGAUUGGUCCUGUCAGUCUGGAGCAGUCCGUCAGCACUCCCAAGGUAGUGCCACCAUCCACACCCACACAGCAGGUUACACCGGCUGCUAAUAUCUUGCAGUCUGACAGUUUGUCGGUCGUUCCAAACAAGAACGAAAUCGCCCUUGAGAUUGAACAACAGGAGAAGCUCCUGGCACAGUACGAGCUAGAGGCAUUGAACGAUGACAAGGCCAACCAUAGGGUGGGCGCUACUUUGUUCCGAAUGUCAAUACUCUAUCUUCAGAGCGAGGAGGUGGAAGAGGCUCUCAAGGCUACCAAUGAAGCGCUUCGCAUCCAGAAGUACCGCGGUGAUUCUGCCGAUGCCGCACGGUCGUUGCAUUUGCUGGCAGAUAUCUUUGUGCGCAAGGGUGAAUACGACUCUGCUUUGGGUUGCUAUGCUGAAGUCCAGGAGAUGGAGUUGGCAUUGUACGGGUACAUUCACGAAGAAUCUGCCAACACGUUGAAUCGCAUUGGUAGUGUGUUGGCUCGUCAAUCCAAGUUCAGCUUGGCCAUGGAAAAGCACCAAGAGGCGCUUCGCAUUCUGAAGGAGUGCCACGGCGAAGAACUGCGGCAUCCACUAGUUUCUCAGACUUUGAUUCACAUUGGAGCUGUGUACUACCGAGAGCGAAACUCUCUGUCAACUGUUCGUGCCAAAUCGGAUGACUACAGUACCUUUAUUGAAGUUGGCAUGCUGGAAGUGAUCGGGCGCGCGCACGAAGAUCGUGGUUCGUACAAGAUGGCCAUUUCCUUUUUCGAAGAAAAGCUUCAGUGCUUGAAUCAAAAGCGUACGGAAGGGAAGGCAAAUCUAGAGGAGGUAGCGACCACACUGAAUAGCUUGGGUAUGUUGAGCUGUCGUGCCGGUAUCUUUAUGGAAGCAAUCGACUAUUACGACCGUGCACUAGAAGUGCAAAAGCAGAUUGGAUGUGACAAGAUGCACAUUGCCACGGCUCGUGUCUUGACUGCCACCGUUCAGUUCCACCUUGGCUUUUUCCAAAAGGCGCUUCGGUUACUCCAAGAUGCUCUCAAGGAGCUCAAGGCGGAAACUGGCGAAGACCACGAGACUGUGGCAGCGACUUGGUUCCAGAUUGGUGUAGUACAGGUUGCUCUGUGCGAGUAUGACAAUGGCAUGGACGCAUUGGAAGAAGCGCUUCGUAUCCAGAAUAACCUGUUGGGCAAGGUCCAUCCAGCCACGCUGCGGACUCGUCGUGAGAUCGGCAACAUGUACGCCAUUUACGAGUCGGAACUGGAUGCUGCGUUUGCUCAAUUCCGUGACAUUCUGGCCACACAGCGUAGGAUUCAUGGGUACAAGCAUCCGAAUGUGGCUGAGACAUUGCACAGUCUGGGGUGUGCUUAUGCCCGCAAGGGCGACUACCCAAAUGCUACCAAGACAUUGGAGGAGUGUUACUAUAUGAGGAUUGACUUUUUGGGAGCGGAUCAUCCUCUGCAAGCGACGACAUUGCACGAGCUUGCCGAGAUUCACCGCAAGCGACAACGGUUCCGCAAGGCCAAGCACAUUUGCAAUGCCGUGUUGGAGAUUCGUCGCGAGAGUUUGAGCGAGCGUCACAUUGACGUGUCUCGAGCGCUGGCGACCAAGGCAAGCUGUUUGGUGGCAACGGGAGACUAUACGAACGCGAUGAAGUGCUUACGAGAAGCGUUGCCCAUGGCGGAGCAGGCUGUUGGUGAGCGACAUCCUGCUGUCGCCGAUAUUCUGGUUCAUUUGGGAGGGAUUCACUUGCGCAAGUGUCAUUUUGAAGAGGCGAAAGAAUGGAUCAACAAGGCAUUGGAUAUAUACCACAACUCGAAUCUGGAUGAAGAUCAUCCAUCCUUGAAGGAGGCUGUGGCGCUGAUGGAACGAGUAGAUAGAGAUGAAAUGCUUUGUGUGUAGUUAGUUGUAAAUAAAGAAUAAACGACAAAACAAUCUAUGAUAUC